AUGAGUAAAAUCGCGAGAUCGGUCAAGAACGUCACCAAGGGGUACAGCCAGGUCGAGGUCAAGGUUCGCAAUGCAACCAGCAACGACCCAUGGGGACCUGUAGGGUCUGAUAUGGCUGAGAUCGCCCAGAUCACCUUCAAUAGCUCGACCGACUUCUACCAGGUCAUGGACAUGCUCGACAAGCGCCUCAACGACAGAGGAAAGAACUGGCGUCACGUUCUGAAAUCGCUGAAAGUGCUCGACUACUGUCUACAUGAGGGCUCGGAGCUCGUCGUGACGUGGGCGCGCAAGAACAUCUACAUCAUCAAGACAUUGCGCGAGUUCCAGCACACGGACGAGGACGGUCGCGAUGUAGGCCAGAACGUGCGAAUGGCCGCUAAAGAGCUGACUUCCCUCAUCCUCGACGAAGAGCGACUGCGCGCCGAGCGAGCCGACCGGAAAUCAUGGAAGUCGCGGGUAACAGGCAUCGAAGAGUACCCCGGUGGAGGUCACCACGGUCCGGACGGCGGAGAGCGAUCGGCGCGCCCGCGAAACGGUGAACAGCGCCGCAACCGUAGGACCGAGGAGGAAGACCUUGAGCUCAGGCUAGCGCUCGAGGCAAGCAAGAACGAGGCAGAGGAGGAGAAGAAGCGUCGCGAACGCGGAAACAGGGCCGAGGAAACGGACGACGACCUGGAAAAGGCCAUCAAGCUGAGCAAGGAGGAGGAGGAGCUGCGCCGGAAGGAACUCGAACAGACCAACGCAGACCUGCUAUUUGGCGAGACCACUGCGCAACCAAACACCUACCAGCCUACGGGUAACAACCAGGGAUAUCAGCAGCAGGGUCAAGUAGACUGGUUUGGCAACCUCAUGGACCAGAGCCAGCAGCAACCUCAGAACACUGGUUUCCUCAACAAUGCGUACGCUCAGCCUACCGGUAUGCAGCCUCAGCAGACGGGCUUUCAGAACGGCUACGGCGGCUACGGCGGCUUCCAACAGCAACAGCCUACAGGCUUCGAUCAGUUUGGCGCCCAGCAGCAGCAGCAGCAAUACUUGCAGCCUCAGCACACUAUUCAGCCACAGCAAACCUCGUUCAAUAACAACCCCUACGGUCAAUUUGGCGGCUUCGGCGACAUGAAUCAGCAGCAAAUGCAACAACCGCAACAAGAGCAGUCACUCCAGCCCGGCAGCCACAACCCAUGGGCAAGCAACAACACCCAAGAGGCCCUCAAACCUCAGCCCACAGGCUCCAACAACCCUUUCGCCCAAUCGUUCAACAAACCCCAGCAGCCAACUACAUCGUUUUCACAACCCAGCCUGAACACGCUGAGCGAACAGAAGACGCAAACCCAAUUCAACAACACUCCCUCGUUCAACCCCCCAGUAUCUUUCCAGCCACAACAGACAGCUCAGCCACCUCAGCAACAGCAGCAGAUACCCCAACCCCCACAAAAAGAAAUGGAUCCCAACGCUGCGCGACUCAACGCGCUUCUCGCGACAGGUGAAGGCCAAGAUACGUUUGGCAACGUGGGCAACAUGCGCAUCCCAGCCCAACACACUGCUCCGGGGACUUUUGUCAACUCUGCGGGUUCUGGCUUGAACCGGGUCAAUGCGAAUGCUACGGGUAACAAUCCAUUUUUGAACAGCCAGUUUACGGGUAUGCCGCAGCAGAAUCGGAUGAUGCCUGCGGCAACUGGGCCUGUGAAUGGCUUUGGUAUGGGCGGUGGUGCUGGUGUUAAUCCUUAUGGGAGUGCUAAUCCAUUUGGUGCGCAGCAGCCUGGGCAACAGCAGCAGCAGCAGGGUCGCCAACCUGGACACCGUACCGUGCAACCAUCGGAAGACAAAGCGCAACCCCCAACGCCUAAGAAACUCCGCACCCGCUCUCCAUGCUCAUCCAAUGUCUCUGCCAGCCUACCCCAAGACGCUCCUGCGCCUAUCGCGCAAACCCGCAGUGGCCUCCUCACACCAGAAGCCAGCACAUUGACCGAAUCGCACUUCCCCUUCAUGAAGCUCCCCGCCGAACUCCGCAUCCACAUCUACCACAUGGCCCUCGUGCGCGAAGACCCCCUCCUGCUGCACGCCGACCGCGCGCCCGAGAAACCCGACGAAGACAACAAUUUCACUGCCUACGUCGGCACGCGCGGCCAGCAGCAGCAGUCCACCUACGUGCCCGGCCGCGAACCACCAGGCCACGCUUUCCACCGGCCGCGGGCAGCAUCUGGCCCGGAGCGCGUACCGCUCUCUGAUCCCAUUGUGCCUGAGAUUCUGCGGCUGAACAAGACGAUAUAUCGGGAGGCGCGGCAGGUGCUGUACAGCGACAAUGUCUUCACGCUCAGUCUGACGAGCGGCAUCCACACGCUGAGCACCUUGCACCAGCGCAGCAGGAGCCUGAUCAAACACGUCGUUCUCACCAUACCCUCGCACCACGAUAUUCUCGACGGCUUUGCCGAUCUCGUGCGCCUCGGCUUGCGGUAUUGCUGGGGGUUGAAAACGUUUAGGAUUAUACUGCAGGCUAGUCUGCCGGAUGAUGGGAGGGUCACCGGCGCGACGAGUGUGUAUGCGAAUGCGUUUCAUAUCCUCAGAUGGUUGCCGCGGGGUUGUAAUGUCGGGCUCGAGGGUAAUGUUAGCGAGACGGUCAAGAGGGUUGUGGCUGAGGAGGGGAGACUGCAGAAUGUGCUUGAUGAGGCGUCGUAUCUGAAGAGGCAGCAUCAGAUGCCUGAGAGGCACUAG